GUAGCCCGUAGUAACCCGGAGUCUGCGGAAGUGGAGACUGGAGGGCAGGCGGCUGAGACAGGGGAAUGAAAGUUAUGGAAUCCUAAUUUGUGACAUCGUCAGGUUUUGUUUUUUGUUUUUGUUUUUGUAUUUUUGUAAGCAGACGUUUAUAAUUCUCGAAGAAUAAAUAAAAUAGGAAGCCCCAUCUACAAUUUCAGCAAAACUCUUAAAGAACCAACUACAUGAUGGACAUAAAGCUGGACCCUUCCCGAGAUGAUCUGCCUCUCAUGGCCAACACCAACCACAUACUUGUGAAACAUUAUGUGCUAGAUUUAGAUGUGGAUUUUGAAUGUCAAGUCAUUGAGGGCACCAUAGUGCUUUUCUUUGAGGAUGGAAACAGACUGAAGCAAUGGAGUCGAUCCUGUAAGGAAACCUGCCAAAUGGAGUCAAAUGAAGCCUGCACAUUAAGGACACCUGAACCCUGCCAUAUUCCUGUGACAAAUGCAAGGUCUUCUUCAUCUAAAAUGGGAUAUAAUAAUUUUGCAAUCUGUGGUAAAGGUGAUAAAGAUAUUUCUGAUAAAGAUGGUAACCAUGACAACCAGGAACAGGCUUCUGGGAUCUCUAUCUCAAAGUAUUCCUGUGACACAGAGAAUCAUGGGAGAGAGGAAUUUUUGCUAGUGUUGGACUGCUGUGAUUUAUCUGUGUUAAAGGUCGAGGAGGUGGAUGUUGCUGCUGUGCCAGGUAUUGAAAAAUUUACAAGGUCUCCCAAGCUCACGGUUAUUUCUGAGGAGCUCAGGAAUGAGAUGGUUCAUGAGCUUGUGACUCUGCCUGCAGAUCAUUGGAGGGAGCAGUUAGAUUAUUUUGCUCGCUGCAGCCAGGCUCCUAGCUGUGGGGAACUCAUCUUUGACACUGACACUUGGAGUUUACGGAUCAGGAAGACAGGAGCUCAGACAGCUACUGACUUUCCUCAUGCCAUCAGGAUAUGGUAUAAAACCAAACCCGAGGGGCGAUCAGUUACUUGGACCUCAGACCAGUGUGGCAGGCCAUGUGUUUAUACUAUGGGAUCUCCCAUAAACAACAGGGCCCUUUUUCCAUGCCAGGAGCCACCCGUUGCCAUGUCAACAUGGCAGGCUACAAUUCGAGCAGCUGCAUCUUUUGUUGUUUUAAUGAGUGGAGAAAAUUUUGCCAAACCAACCCUGCUUCAGGAAGGGUUAUUAAGCUGGCAUUACUAUGUAACUAUGCCUAUGCCAGCCUCCACCUUCACGAUUGCAGUGGGAUGCUGGACAGAAGUGAAGCCUGAGACAGAUUCACCAAGUGAUCUGGAGGCAGAGAGAUCCUUGCCACCUUCUGAGACUGACUUCAGAUACAUUGAUGUUUGCAGUCACAUGGAAUACCCCUGCCGCUUCCAGUGUGCCUCUGCCAUCACCCAGGAGAUCAUUCCUCAUCGAGUCUUUGCACCAGUAUGCCUCAAGGAUGCCUGCCAAGAGACCCUACUACCACUGAUCCCACUUUGUCUCUCAGCUGCACAUUCUGUCCUAGGAACACAUCCUUUCUCCAGGCUGGAUAUACUUAUCGUCCCUGCCAACUUUCCAAGUCUGGGGAUGGCCAGCCCACACAUCAUCUUCCUCUCCCAGAGCACCUUGACAGGCAUGAGCCAUCUCUGUGGGACCCGACUCUGCCAUGAAAUUGCUCAUGCCUGGUUUGGCCUAGCUAUUGGGGCCAGAGACUGGACGGAGGAGUGGCUCAGUGAAGGAUUUGCCACUCACUUAGAAGAUGUAAUCUGGGCUGAAGCACAGCAGCUGUCCCACCAUGAGGCCCAUGAGCAUCAAGAGCUGAGGGCUUGCUUGCGCUGGCAUCGCCUCCAGGACGAGCUGCAGAACUCUUCUGAGGAGAUGCAGGUGUUAAGACCCAGAAAAGAGAAAACUGGCCAUGUGAGUGACUCAGGAGCAUCUGUUGUCAAACAUGGACUCAAUCCAGAGAAGACAUUCAUGCAGGUUCACUAUUUAAAGGGCUACUUCCUUCUGCGAUUUCUUGCCAGAACCCUUGGAGAUGAAACCUAUUUUUCAUUCUUAAGAAAAUUUGUGCACAUGUUUCAUGGGCAGUUGAUUCUUUCACAGACUUUCCUUGAAAUGUUGUUGGAGAACAUUCCAGAAGAAAAAAGGCAAGAGCUGUCCAUUGAAAACAUCUUCCAAGAUUGGCUUGAGAGUCCCGGAAUACCUAAGCCGCUGCAGACGGAGCGUCAGGCCGGGGCGGAGUGCGGGCUCGCGCGGCAAGUGGGCGCGGAGGUCACGAAAUGGAUCCGAGUGAACCGGACACCCCCAAAACGGAAACGAGGGGAGCCAGAAGAGGUGUUUGAAAAGCUUCUUCCAGACCAACUGAUCUUGCUUCUGGAGCAUCUCUUACAGCAGAAGACCCUGAACUUGCGAACUCUGCAAAGCCUUCAGCGGACGUACAACCUCCACAAGCAAGAUGCAGAGGUUCGCCACCGGUGGUGUGAGCUUGUUAUUAAGCACAAGUACAGCAAAGCCUACAAACAUGUGGAGAGAUUCCUUCAGGAGGACCAGGCCAUGGGCGUGUACCUCUAUGGGGAGCUGAUGGUGAAUGAGAAUGCCAGACAGCAGCAGCUGGCACACAAGUGCUUUGCGCUGACCAAAGAGCAGAUGGACAGAUCCUCAGCAGAAGUGGUGGCUGAAAUGCUGUUCUAAAGGGAAGAUCACAGUGAGAUUCUCUUUCAUACGUCUCCUCCUAGUCGUGGUGGGACAGGAUUGCACUGACCCUGGACAUCAAAAGAAGAAUUACGUGGCUGCUAAAGCCAUCAGCCCACAUCAGAAGUUGUGUCUUGGGCUUCUCUUUCCCAGAGCCUGGGCUCAGCUGGGCAGAUAGAAAAGGUGGAUGGAUCCUCAUAAAGUCUCCCACCCAGCAGCUGCCUGACCAUGCUUGUUUUCUGCCUGAGAUACUGAGUCUUCUCUGGAUCUCUGCUGUGGUCCAAAAGCUUCGUGUCCACUCAUACAAAUUCAAGAUACUGAGCCUUUAGAACCUGCUGGAUGACUGUAGGCCCUUCAGCAUGUGGCUGCUCCUGGAUAUUUGUGAUUCACAGAGAGGGUCACAGCUUCCUGGGUCCUGGGAACACUGAACACUGAGGCUUCCUGGAAGGUUCCCAAAAGGUUUUAUCUUGAUUGCUACAUACAACAUUUAAUGUCUUCCAAACUUUUGAUAACUUUUUGUAAAAGUACAAGUCAGGAGCCUGAGAUGUGUUAAUAAAGUGAAAUCGAUUUAUUUAAA